GAGUAGAGCAGCCAUUAUCAAACGGCUAUUUCAUAGCUCCCACUUUCACUGAUUGUGCCUGCCGAGGAUAGAGAGCAACAGCAACACUAGUGUCCAAUUUUCUCGGUGACUUCUCGCGCUUGUCUCUGUAAUUGCUGCUGUCGGGCCUAUUUUCUCGGUCCUAUUUUACAUCGAGCUCGGAUUCUCGCUCGAUCAUCCACUCGAUGGCGCAGGCCAUAGUCAAUGCCACUUCUUUUUCAGCUGCUCCUUUCGCGCCGGUAGCCCGCAAUGGUGCCGUGCGGCUGAGCAGCCACGCCAGUUUCAGCCAAAUUCCAACCAGGCGCCUUCUUUUAUUGCGUACGGCCAUUAGAUGCAGCCGGAGAACCAAUCAGCGCAUUUCAGUAUCGUCAGCAUCCUCCAACCCUGCUGACGUCACCGGUCGGUCCGGUGGUGAUCAGGCGAGCAGCGAACCUACUCCCGCGUCCUCACCUACCGACGAAAACGAGCCUUCUCCAGCGGUUUCUCCGUCGUCGUCGUCAGCUCCGUCAGCUCCGCCGUCAGCUCCGUCAGUUCCGUCAAUUCCGCCAUCCAAGCCCUCGUCGCUCCUCGGCCUGGUGCUCUCCGCGGGUCCCCCGGGGUCGUGGGACAGCAGCGGCGUGGGGAAGGCCGUGGUGCGUCGCUUCGCGAGCGACAACGAGGAGCGCUGGUUCAUGUGGUACGAGGGCUGGACGGACGACACGUCAGCAGAUCCGACGGAUGGCAGUGAUCCGAGCGGCGAUCCGACGGUUCCGCUUCUUUCCCGCGCGCGGACCGGGGUGGCGGUUUCCGCCAACGGGCUUCACUGGAGUCGCGGAAGCGGCGUGGCGGAAACUGACGCCAAGGGACGUGGCGGCCCAGGAAUGGUCCUACAGCCCAGCACCAACUGGUGGAACUUUGACACGCGCCACGUCAGCGUGUCUGACGUCAUGAUGAUGUCAUCGCAGAAAGUCCGCGCGAGCGGCGGCGUUCUCUGGAUGUUCUACGUAGGGGGGAACGCGGAAGAGCUCCCCAUCCCCGCGCGGGUCCUCCCCCUGCUCCCCCCGCACCUCGCACCAUCCACCCCCGGAUCACCGUCCCCAGCACGUGAUUUUACCGAGGGGGAGGUAGUAGAGGGUCUAAGGACGCGCAUAGGCCUCGCAAUGAGCCACGACGGGCGGAACUGGGCGCGGAUAGAGGGGGACCACCACAGCGGCGCGGUGAUGGACGUCGGCGCUGCAGGCGAGUGGGACGAGUUAUUCCAUGGCGGCCCGCAGAUAGUGUUUCACGAGGCCGGGGACAUCAGGCUGUUCUACCACUCCCUAGAUAGGUCAGGUAAGGGUGGUGAUAAGGAGACCGGAGGGAAGUUCCGGGUCGGGUUUGCCCGGUCCCGGGACGGGCUGAAAUGGGUGAAGUUUGGGCCGGUUUUCUCCGGGAGCAAUGGGAAGUACGCGUUUGAUGCACUGGGGGUGACCUCCCGGUAUGUCCUGCGCGACCCACGGGUGUCAGCACAGCAAGCCAGGGCAGGCGGAGCAAGCGCAGUAGGCGGAGCAGGGAAGGAAGAUACGCGCAAGUAUGUGAUGCUGUAUGAAGGCGUGGCAGCGGAUGGGUCGACCAGCAUUGGGCUGGCCGAGUCCAAUGAUGGCAUGAGCGGGUGGACGUGCCUGGGGCCCGUGUUUGAGCCAGCCCGAGGAGCCCAGGGGAAGGCAGAAGGGGAGGGGGAUGGGAGCGGAGAGGAAAAGGGAGCCGGAGAAGCAGGUGCAUGGGACUCGUGGUCAGUGGGGUCGCCCUGUUUGGUGGAUCUGGGGGGUGGCCAUCUGCGUCUGUACUAUGUGGGGUCGGAUGGAAGGGGGUUCCAGGGAGUGGGGGCGGCUGAGUCUCUGGAUGGGAGCUUUCAGUUUGAGAGGUGUGCAAAUCUGGAGUCUCUUUUGUAGGGUGAAGGAGACAGGCCUUGGGUUGGGUGGGACUGCAAGGAGACACGUUGAGAAGUUAGUGUGCUGACUUACGCCUUGAAGACUGUAGCACAGUUAUGUAUUUACAGGUCAUGGUACUGUCUCGACAUGCGAUUCCAUUUAAGAAAUGCGAUGCACUCUUCGUUUUUUUCAAUGCUU